UCGACCUCGGAGCAGAAUGGCUGCAGUCACAGAGCUCUCCUUCCUGCUGUUUGCUCUCAUCAACAACAUCCAUGCAGAAGAACAGAUCAUCAUCCAAGAGGAAGGAUACUCUUACACCUUCAACCUCCCCGAGAACACCAACUCCUGCCUGAUCUCCAGAUCUGUUGGUGAGGAGAAGCUUGUCCUGUGGAACACCUCUGACCUCUGGUCCAACAGCUCCUCAGUACCUGAACACUUGAAACAACGACUUGUCAGCACGGUGAAAACUUCUUCUUACACCAUCCUCCACCUGACCCAUUCAGACUCCGGCCCGUAUCAAGAGGAGUGUUGGACUGAGGGCAACGUGACGCAUGAGAACAACAUCACUAUUACUGUUUGUACUAUUUCAAUAGAUCGGAGAGGUUUUGGAGCGAGACUUGGAGAGACAGUGAACCUGCCAUGUAAGGGAGCAGCUGAUAAUCUGGAUAUCCAGUGGCUCAAACAGGACUCUAGAUAUGAGCAAGAAACAUGGAGCAGAGUUUUUGGGAACAAUAUGACAUCAGUGAUGGACAAUGUUAGAGGAAGAUACCAAGUGGUGACAAACACAUCAGCUCUUCGUGUAUCCAACGUCACAACAACAGACCUUACACUGUACAGAUGUCUGGUGAUGAACCAACAGCAGUGUGUUAGCAGGUACACUGUACAGUUGGUACCGUAUGAGAUAAUCUACCACUCAGUGGGAGAGACCGCUGUGUUGUCGUGCACUAUCACUGACUCCAAUGAUGAACAGCCCCCACGUUGGAUGGUUAUUAACAAAACAAACUCCAUUACUCACCUAGGACAACAAAACCAGACUGUUCCUUCAGUAGACCAAAACUACUCGCUGGUGUUUUCAUCUCUAAUGUUAAAUCACUCAGGUCGUUACUACUGUAAAGUCUCUAGGAGAGAGCAACGGUAUGAUCUGGUGGUGUGCCCCAAAUUUGGACCCCCUGCUGUAGAGCUCUUCUCAGAGGGAGAAGAAGUCACUCUCAGAUGCAGAGAUUGGAGAGAGGAUAAAGUGCAUGGUUGGUUUAUCAAGUCACACCAAAAAGAGGGAAGAAUCUUUAGUGUAAGGUAUCAGAGCAUGAGCAGAGUGAGCUGGUCUAAAUAUGAUAAUGGGAACCUGGUUAUCUCUAAUAUUUCAAUGGGAGACGCAGGGGAGUACUGGUGUGUAGUUUACGACCCAGAUGGUUAUCAGUGUGAGUCAACAGAGAGAACUGUGUUGGUGUGGCUUUAAUACAGCCUGGUAUACACUGGCUUUAAAAUAAGGGAUGGGACACAUUCAGGCAG